AGCAAAUUUAGAUCACAAGGCUACCUAGGAGCAACUGGAGAAGAAGUGGACAGCAAGAAAGAUCCUGUAAUGCAAAUGGCGUUUACCAGAAGAAUGUUAGUGAUUAUUUCGCUGGCAUUGUUGAUCACUGAUCCAGCUUCCGCAGCAUGCACGUUUAACCUGGAUACAUCUUCGCCCACAUAUCCAUCUCAUCUGGUGGACAGCUCCGACCAAAUCGUUCAACCCACUCUUCAGAAUGGGGUUCGAACAAUCACUUUGGCAGCCAAUCAAGUCGUUACAGUGGCUUGUGAAGGCUCGGGUAAUGCUCUGACAGCCACCGGCGUUCAGUUCAACUCUGGAAAAUGCGCAACGUCUGGUACAUUACUCCAGGUUGGCACGCAGAAUUUGGGUUACGGUUCACUAGGCUGUAAUUCCGUCGUGAAAGAGACUAUCAAGGAAACGGGGACAUGUUCCAGUACUGGAACAAAGAUCGAGAUCGGUUGGCAAGUAAGCACAACAUUCAUCAAUCAAAUAACGAUCUGUCACGUUGAAUCAAAUGACAAUACAUUGUACGCGAUCGACACGAUCUACGGAGCCAAUGUGGCUGCCGACGACAAGCAAAACGAACGUCCUUCUUUCCGUAAAGGAAAUUACUACACUGGAGUUGAUGUUGAUACGGCGUACAGUCAGGAUGGCCAGUUGAUCACCGUAUCUGACAUCGUGGGAUCCAGCACUUUGGGAGCCCAGUACAUUGACGUCAGUAAAAGUUACUACUUCGCCCGUGGCCAUUUGGCUCCCGAUGCGGACUUUAUUGAUGCCGGAAGCCAGGAUGCUACUUACUAUUACAUCAAUGCUGCGCCGCAGUGGCAAUCCUUUAACAACGGCAACUGGAAGGCCCUGGAAUCUGAAACUAGAAAUCUAGCCAUUAGUCGUAACAUUGAUCUGGUGGUAUACACGGGCACUUACGAAGUUCUGACGCUGGCCAAUGUUAACGGAGUACAGAAACCCAUUUACCUCGCCAAAGACGCCAACAACAACAACGUCAUUCCGGCCCCCAAAUACUACUGGAAGGUUGUUCACAAUCCGGCAACAAACAAAGCCACCGCUUUUAUUGGCAUCAACAACCCGCAUCUGUCUAGCGUUUCCGGUGCCGAUGUCUUCUGCUCGGAUGUUUGCAGUCAGAUCGGAUGGAUGUCCUGGACCAACCGCUUCGAUAUCCCUAAAGGUUAUAUGUUUUGCUGCACCGCAGCUGCCUUGCACAAUGUUGUUCCGCACGCACCUAAUUUGGGAAGCAUCGGUUUAUUGGUUUAAGCAGAUUUUCGGUUCAUUUACCCAACACUUUCUACUACCUUCUAUUCCAUUAGCCUACAACUAGCACAACCUCAAACUAGCAAUAAAAGCACAUUUCUUAUUGCUUACCUUUUUGCACUUGUUCUUUGGUAGUCAACUUGUAUUCCUGGACAUUCAGUUUAACUACAUACUAGUUAGACCAGUUUUGCACACGAUUCUCAAUCCCUCGCACGUCACCUUGCAAGGUUUUGACACGAUGAAAAGAUAAUGGAUGAAUCACUGUGUAACCCUAAAGUCCAGUUUCAGUUAAAUGUUAUUCGCUUCGUUUCAAAGUUGAUUGUCAGUAAAAGAAACUCGACGUGACUCGACGUGUUAACCACUAUUCAGUUACCGGUUUCGCUUGCUGAAAUUAAAAUGCCGCACAGCUCUUGGUAAAAUAUAAAUCAUAAGUAAACACAA